CAGUCCACUCCUCUCGAACUGCUCGGUGGACCCAAUGGCACAGCUCCACACCCUGGAUCCCCUCUGGUGCAGAGUGGGCGGAAAUCUUGCCUGUUAGGAGCUCGAGAAGGAGGCAUCCAUAGCUCCAUAUGUCAGUCUUCUUAGAAAUUUUGUGUUGGUGCUGAUAAUCAGGUGAUUUAUAUGACACCAUCUCAAUAACGUUAUUGAGAUGAGGAAUAAAAAUUGUCUUCUGUGACUCCUCCAUCAUCAUCAGUGGAUCUUGCUCUGGCUUGGGCUGUUGUCAGGCCUCCAUCCCUAUGGGUCUCAAGACCUUCAACCUGUUGCGCGGAAACAUCGACAAUGUCAGAGCCAUAAAUCCUCCCGUUUAUGUUGUAGACAACACGUGCUUUCAGGCCUUCUUUGUUAAGAAAAGCAGCUUUGCAUUCUCGACUGAGAUGCUGCAAAAUGUUAUACAUGGCAAUGAAGCUUCUCAAGAUCGUUACCUGAUGGUGUUGGAUUGGGCUAUUGGGAGUGAGACAUGUGAAGAAGCGAGAAGAAAGAUGGGUACCUAUGCUUGCAAGGAUAACAGCUAUUGCUACAAUUCAACCAAUGGGGUCGGGUAUCGCUGCAAUUGCAACGCAGGAUACGAUGGAAAUCUUUAUAGUGAAGAUGGAUGUAAAGAUAUUGACGAGUGCCAAGAUCCUGAACGUAAUCCUUACGUGGGAAGAUGCAUCAACAAGCCAGGAAGUUUUUCUUGCGCCUGCGCAUUGGGCCAACGUGGCGACGGUAGAAAGAACGAAACUGGCUGCAUGAAUGUGGUGUCACUGGAGCUUAUUUUUGGUAACAUACUCAAAUCUGCUUAUUAGUAAAGGGGAAACCACUCCC